UAAAAUUUGAGUCAGUUAUAAAAUCUAUAGUAUAUCAGAGGUAUAUACUAUACAAUAUAUGAUUUUGCUGUAAAUUUCUGUAUUUCGGGGAACCCCACCUACCCCACAGAACCACUCCCCAGAUCCCAUUAACAGCUCCAUUGCAUGCAACUGGUUCUUCCAUCUGGGUGCCCUGAGGGCACCUCAUUUUGGGGACACAAGGUGAAAUUCUCAAUCACAUCUGUCUAGCAGAGGGGAGGAGCAGUGCCCCCGGCCACAGACACGAAGAAAAGCUCCUCCAGCCUCCCCUUAUCCAUUUUAUCUUCUUAGACUGCAUGUAAAGGUCAAACCCACUGACAUUUCAGUGCAGUUUUUACCGCUGUCCCACCGAAGAGGAAGACCAGGCUGUGCCGUCAAGCUGAAGGGCACGUAAAGCUCCAUGGGCAGCCUGCCUUCGUGGUCACUGACCUUGUCACAUUUUGUUUGGUUUCACCUGUUGUCAUUUUUUUCCCUGUAAAACAAAAUUGGCUGCAAAGAACAAAACACAGCAGACACACGGCUACACACAUCAUGUUGUGAGACGGCACAUCUCACAGCUGGAUUUCAGCAAGCCCUCCCUCACCACGUGGCUUUCCUUUCAAGGAAUCUCUGAAUGAAAUGAAGAAGCAAUUUUUGCCUGAGUCAUUGACCUUUGCGACUUCAUGAGGACACCAAGCCCUUUCAGCUCAGACACUCAGCUGCCAGAAGAAUAAGUAACCUUACUUCACCCUCAGCCCUGCUGAAAUAUCUGGGGCGGGUUGCAAGCUGGCAGGAUCCACCUUAUCCUCACCUACUGGGAUGUACUGGGGUAGCAAUGGAGGGGUGUCCAGCAAGGGGGGAGCACCGUUGCUAUGGCCCCAGGGACCAUGAUGGAACAAGGGGACAAUAGGACAAGGAGACAACAAGAGGCCGAAGACCACAAACCCUCAGGGCUACCAGGGGCCAGAAGGGCAUCCUGGACAUCUCCCCACUGCUGGGUCUCUGCCUGCCCCUGGUUGGCCUGGAGCAGGGUGGUUUCCACUCCUGCUCUCCUGGAUGCUCCUGCCCAGAGAGAUAUGUCUAAUGGACGCAAGCUGUCACGGUCUGGCAGUAACCAGUCCCCACCAAAAAUAUUUCCCCCUGGGACCAUUUCAUCAGAUUCCAGCUCUGCUCUCACAGUGGAAAAUGUAGAAAGGCUGGAAAAGGAGUAUGCAACUUCUAAAGAAGCCUUCAAUAACAAGAAAAUACGAGAUUAUAUUAAGCAGAGUAAUCUUGCUCUCUCCAGCAAAGAGAAAAGUAGGAAAACCAGCACAGAUCUUGUCUGGGAAGAAGAGCCUGAAGGAGCCUCAUCAUCCUUUCCAGAAAAAUGGAGAGAAAAUAACAAAGAUAUUUGCUGGAAGACUUCUGCAGUAAUUUCAAAGAAAGCACCGGCGACAGAUUCCCCAUCAGCUCGUCUCACUGGCUCUAAGCCAAGGGAAUCCAAGGGCGAUAGCAGAAGGCACGAGAUGGAGGACGAGAUGACCCAGACGGAGUGGAGCUAUUCAGAUGAGCCCCUGGCUGCCGGGGAGGACAAUGUGGUGGUGCUCCUCAGGGACACCAAGAUGUCCUCCGAGGCAGAAGAGAGCAAGGAGCCAGCUGAAACCGAGGAAGAGGUGGGAGAUGAGGAAGGAGAGGAAGAUAACCAAGCAGAGAUCUGUGAGCAAGCUGUGUGUGAGCCUGUCGAGCUUGCUCAGGGAAGUCCAAGGGCAGAGUCAGAGGAGGAACCACUGUCCGGCGGAGAAGAGCACGAGGAUGACGGGACGGCAGCUCUCCUCCAUACAGAUGAGGAAACUACUGUAACUGAAGAGCCUCCUGCAAGGUGCAUCUUUUGCAGCACACCUGAGAAGCCAAUCCCAACAGUGGCUGACCUGAAGGAGCAAACUCAGGAAGAACUCUUUUGCUGCCGGAGCUACAGGAAGGUAUUUGACACUGCCAUCCAAGACCUGAUGAGCGAAGAUGAAGCAGAGGAAGAGACGGAUGCUGCUCCCCACGCCAACCCUUUCCAGGCUGAGCUGCGGAGUAGCAUCAAGGAGAAGCUGCUGCAACAGUUGGAUAAGGGAGGCUUUGAGAGCUACAGGGAACUACUUCAGCAGUACCUGAGAUUUGUUGCCUGGACCAGAAUCUCUUUCAGACUCUCAAAACCAAAUGAAUACACUGUCAGACCAAAGACUGUCCCUUCCAAAAAGCACCAAGCAACAUCAGCACCUACAGAAGACCUUUUCGAGAUGGACUGUGAUUGUGUUGCAGAGCACCUGAAGCUCUGCCGUUCUCCCGGGCCCGUGAGAAGAUGCUAUUCCGAUGGACGGACGUUUUUUCUCCUUUUCCCAGAUGGAAGUGGUCAGGUUUACUACCCAUCGGGCAACGUGGCCGUUCUGAUCACGUUCACCGAGGAAGCCCGGUUCACCUACAUCAUCCUGGAGGACACCAGGUACCUGAGCAUUAGGGCUGCCUUCGGGAGCCACGGCCAUGGGGUCUGCUUCCACCCUGACGGACAAAUCUGGAUCAUCCUGACCCCUUGCACUGGAACCUGCUUUGACCAGGCAGGGGCGAGCCAGAAGCACUGGAGCUGGCACGACCUCAGCCACCACGUCCACAGCCCUCCUUUCCAGCCCAUCACCGUGAAACUGAACGGCCACCUCACCCUUAAAAUUGUGUCCCAGGAUCAGAUUCACCUGUGGUUCACAAGCCACAGCAACUGCAUCCACUUCAACGUGGGGUCCCGGCUCAAGUUGAAAGACCCCAAGACAAGUCACCUGCUAAAAGGGCUAGAAAGCGAAGAGGAGCUCUUCCUGCAGUCCAAAAAGAUUCAGCUCAGGAGCCUGCUCUCCAAAAUAGAGGCAGUUUUGCAGUAGCUUUGGCAGUGCCCCAGCGAUACCACUCCUUGUGUUUCUUCAUCUUGUACCUGCAUGAAAUACGGAAACGAAGACCUCAAGACACGCAGCAAACGGUUACACGAGCACUUCAGAUCCGCUUUUCCUUCAUCAAGGUGAAAACAGUCACUUGGCAAUGAAAAUAAAGCUCCUUUUCCCAAGCCCACCAUGCCUACCUUCCUGUACAUCGAGUCCUUGUAACACCAGGCCCACCUCAGUUGAAAACACUUGUUGGAUUGUAGUUUCAUCAGUGGGAUUUCACUGAAAUGUUACCACACCGAUCUUUGAGGGAGGAGAUGGUUUCCCUCCUUCAGCUGAUGAGCUGGACGUGGGGAGCUCGUCGCGCUAACAGCCACGCUGCCAGAGCGGGGAUGAGCAGGGGCAAUCCAAGGCAGAGUGAAGAUGAGGAGCCUCUGGGUACACAGCUCCAGUUUGGUGGCAUGGCCACAAACCACUAGUUUCACGACUGAAAGGGACUGAUUCUUUCCCACAUACUAGAAGUCUCCCCUCGUGUUUCAAGCAGCAAAGAAAACAAGUCUGUAGCACAGCCCCAAUAAAACUAGGAAGAAGCCAUAGCAAGCCAAGCUUUCUUACAAGAGCCGUUCAGGUGCCAAUACCAGGAUUUACACAGAGAUGACCAACACGGGGGACCACACCACAGCGCAGCCUGCAGCGAUGCUUCCCCCACGAGACCAGUCAGCACGUUUUCGCUCCUCCCGGAGCAAAAAGCAGCGCUACCUAGAGGUGACACCUCACACAAGCACUCCACCUGCCACCCAACAGCCCAAAUGUCCCUGUACCACUGCAUCGCUUUAAGCAUGCCCUGGAAAUGCCCAAUUAAAAAGGCACCCAGUGAUGUUAUCAAAGAAUUUUCUCCUUUAAAUAUUUAGGCGUUUAUUUCAAACACCAUGCAUUUUAACAGAUAGUCCCAACUCCUUACUUCUUGACCAUGCUUUUAUCUUCACCGGGACAUUUUAUUGGCUAAGUUUCCUACAGGCAGUGCUGAAAGACUCAUUUCACUGGACUUACCAUCAGAUCGUUUGAAGGAAUGGAGACCUCCGUAUGCCCUGAAUCCACUUGGUGCAUCAGGGAGCUUUUAUUGUAUUCUGAGACCUUCAUAUCCAAAAUCUGAUUUGCUGUAGGGUCUUGGCUUGGUUUUAGGGUUCAGUAAGACUGAAAAAAUACGUGAGGGUAGGAGAAAGCAGCAUUCACAGACACAAGGCUGGGUUUUGCUGCAAUGACCACAAAGUCUGUUAGUGGCAAAAACUUUCUUCCUUUUCCUACCCACAUCACUUUGCCUACACCAAACAGGCACGGUUUGAGGAAGAGUCUGUUGUUUUUGCUUGGAGAACACCCAGCACAGUAUAAGCUAUGGUGCAGGUGUCAUUGUUGUACAAAGAAAGAGAAAAAAAGAACGAGUAAAUGCCUGGCCAACUGCCUUGGCGUUCACUGCAUUUCCCAAGAUAGACAACCCAAAGGGCCAAACCUUUUUAGCAGGCUCCAAGCAUCCAGGCAGCAAUGGUCACACGCUGCUGCCUGUGCCAGUCAGAUAGCAGAUAAAUUCCACAUGAAAGCAGCGUUUGUCCUGAGAUGAAUUCAUUCAGAUGACACUGCCAAAGCCAGAGAGUAAAGGGAUGCCUCACACUGACAUUACAGGGAACAAACCACGAGCCUUUGAACGAUGCGUUCCUACAAUACCAAGGGCCAGAAAAACAUUUGUGGUAGUGAGAAAUGAUGGGUAGAUAAGCCUGCAAGCAACAGGCAACAAGAACAGCUAUCAAAUAAAAUAAUCGUUGUGCUUUCGGCCACCACCUCCCAAGUUUACUCUUAGUAAGGGCCAACUAGAUAAAAUACGUUCCUGUUACAGUCACGGUUUCUUCCCCCUAAUAAAAUUGCAAGCAAAGAGACCAUUUAGUCACACAAGACCACUUGUCAGUAAAGAAAAUACCAAUUUGUCAGUAAAGAAAAUACAAAUUUA